AUGUUGACUUCGAACCAAGAUGGAACCUCAACACCACGACAGAGUGCGAAGCAACCGCGCCUACGCCUGCGCCUAAAUAUCAUGGCGCCUGCCUCAGAUCAUGAUGUUGUGGAGAAGCAGGUCAAGGAAGCAAUCCAGGAUCUGUACCAGAUCAUGGUCCAGACGAACGCGUAUGACCUGACGAGUCGCCCUUCGAAUCAAGUUCUUGAAGCUGCAUUUAAACAACUCGACAGCCAGCUCCUCAAACUCCACAACACGGCCUCACACGCGAUAAACCUUCCUUCCAUACCUCCCGAACUCAUCCAAUACGUCGAUAAUGGCCGGAAUCCUGAUAUCUAUACCCGCGAAUUUGUGGAGCUGGCACGCAAGGGCAAUCAAUUGAUGAAGGGCAAGAUGGAUGCCUUUUCUAGCUUCCGUGAUGUUUUGGCUUGUGAGAUGGGAGAUACGAUGCCGGAGAUUAGAGACGAUGUUGUGAAGGUUGUGCUGGCUACCGGCGGGAAGGAUGAGGUUGUGGAGAGGGAGAAAGGUGAAGGUGAGCGUCAGUGA